GCACCAGUGACAAUGACCCCCCAUCGGCUCCUGGUGAAGUAAUGACCUAGAUUCCCGGUGCCGUGUGCCGGAGCAGAAGAGAGGACAGUCCCCUGCCCUUGGUGGCGAUGGAACCGCUGUUCCCCACCUCCAGACCAGCCGCCUGGAACACCUCAGCGGCCACCAGCGGCGGCGGGGAGAACGGGACAAUGGCGGGGCCCGCAUCCUCGCCGGGGGCCCGAGCGGUGGUGGUGCCGGUGCUCUACUUGCUGGUGUGCGUGGUGGGGCUGGGGGGCAACGCGCUGGUCAUCUACGUGGUGCUGCGCCACGCCAAGAUGAAGACAGUCACCAACAUCUACAUCCUCAACCUGGCGGUGGCCGACGUGCUCCUCAUGCUGGGCCUGCCCUUCCUGGCCACACAGAACGCCGUCUCCUACUGGCCCUUUGGCCCCGUGCUGUGCCGCCUGGUGAUGACGCUGGACGGCAUCAACCAGUUCACCAGCAUCUUCUGCCUGACCAUCAUGAGCGUGGACCGCUACCUGGCCGUUGUGCACCCCAUCCGCUCCACGCAGUGGCGCCGCCCACGGGUGGCCAAGCUGGCCAGCGCCGCGGUCUGGGCCUUCUCGCUGCUCAUGUCUCUGCCCCUGGUGGUCUUCGCGGACAUCCAGGAGGGCUGGGACACCUGCAACCUCAGCUGGCCGGAGCCCGUGGGCCUGUGGGGCGCCGUCUUCAUCAUCUACACGUCCGUCCUGGGCUUCUUCGGGCCGCUGCUGGUCAUCUGCCUGUGCUACCUGCUCAUCGUGGUGAAGGUGAAGGCGUCCGGCGUGCGCGUGGGCUCCACACGGCGGCGCUCGGAGCGCAAGGUGACACGCAUGGUGGUGGUGGUGGUGCUGGUGUUCGUGGGCUGCUGGCUGCCCUUCUUCAUCAUCAACAUCGUCAACCUGGCCAUCGUCCUGCCCGAGGAGCCCGCCGCCGCGGGUGUCUACUUCUUCGUGGUCAUCCUGUCCUACGCCAACAGCUGUGCCAACCCUGUGCUCUAUGGCUUCCUCUCUGACAACUUCCGCCAGAGCUUCCGGAAGGUUCUGUGCUUCCGAAAGGGCUAUGGCACCGAGGACGUGGAUGCCACGGAGCCGCGGCCUGACAAGAGCAGCCGGCUACAGGAGGCCACGCUGGCUGCAUGCAGCUCAGAGGCCAACGGGCUCAUGCAGACCAGUAGGUUGUGAGGGGUGCUGAUGGGCCACGCCCGGCACCCCUGCCCCACCCGGUCUGGGUUUCCUGCUGGGCCGAGCCCUUCCCUGAGAUUUGGGGACCUGCUGAGGUGCUCCCCUGCAGCCUGAAUACUCUUC